AUCCACUGUUCGUCAGGAACUGAGGACGUCACUGUUCUGAUCACAAUGGAUGAAGAAGAACCUCAGCUCGGUGCUGAUGCUAAACUGUCAAUCACCAUACAGAACACGAGUUCAGAACAGCGCAGCGUCACUCUCUUCGGGCAGGUGGAAGUAGUGUAUUACACUGGGGUACAUAAAGCUACAGUGAAGAAGGACCAGGUACCUGUCGACCUCCAACCCAGUGAAGUUGAGACUGUGGACUGGACUCUACUGUAUGAUGACUAUAAAGAUCAGCUGGUUGAUCAGGCGAUUCUGAUGCUCACUCUUACUGGACGCGUCACUGAGACUAAACAGGUUCUGGUGACCCAGUUCAGUUUCAGACUGCGAACACCAGAUAUUCUGAUAACUCCUGUAGGGGACGCUGUCGUUGGUAAAGAGUUGAGUGUUAAGAUUGUUUUCCGGAAUCUGCUGCGCUGCACACUGAUGAAUGUCAAGUUUCGCAUCGAAGGACUGGGACUGCAAAGUAUUAGAGAGAUUUCCUAUGGGUAAGACGUCAACUUUGAGUUAAUUC